AUGGCAGUAAUCGCCGAAGAAGCAGCAGCCGCCGCCGCCGCACACCCCCACCCCCCGCGGACGCUACGCCGCGACGAGUCCCCAAACGUCCCUCAGCGCCUAGACCAGGGCAGGCCGCUGCGGGCCGGCAGGGGUAGACGGAUCUCAGGCAGGGUCCCCAACAAGGCGCCUCUGCUGCACCCCACCGGGCGGCCCUCCAUCCCCCCCCCAGUCUCCCUUCCUCAGGGCCCCGCGGGUGGCCUCUCGCCAGGACGAUGGGCGCCGGCAAUGCCCGCUCCCCCCGGGGCAGCCCCUCCCCCUCUGGCCCACAUGCCCGGGGCCGGGCCCUGCCCUAUGGCGGGCACAGGACGGUCCCACAGCAGGGCACGCGCCACCGAGCCGAGGACGUGGAGUCCCGAGGAACAACGGGGUGGCCCAGCAGAGCACAGGCCCCGGGGUCCUCCCGCAGACCUCCUGCAGCCCCGGUCCAGGUCUUCCUUCCCAAGGUCCCAGGUGGGCUCCCAGGUCCUGGGGUGGGCGCUGGCUGUGACCUCGUCCAUCCCGUCCUCCCCGCCGGCUCCUGGGACUGGGCUCGGGGUCUCCGCGCCGGGCCGGGGCUGCAGGGGGAGGAGACUGCCCCCGGCCCUCACUUGCGCAGAGGCUCCAGGGGGCUGCUUUCCUGGGGCGGGGCUCCCCUCGAGCGGUGUAGAUGAUCCUGAAGACGGGCUGGACCCUGCGGUGUGCCCUCUGGGGCACGUCCUCUCUGCCCCGCAGCUCUUCCUGGCCAGCGCCAGCGCUAGCGCUGGCUCCUUCCGGCAGGGGCGGCCCCGGGGAGGCGCCUCUAGGCCUCGCGUGGCCUGGGGGCCCAUCAGCAUCAUUAGCUCAGAGCCCACAGGGUGGGCGUCUGAGGGUGGCCGGAAGACAGGGCUGAUGCCAGAGCCCCCCGACUAUACCUUUCUCAGCCUCUGCUGUGUUGGGGUCUCUGUCUGA